ACCCUGCAAAGGUUAUUUUACACAGGCACUAGAACAGUGGAGAUAUCCACUUGCUAAACUGUGUAAGCAAUUUCCUGUUGCUUUAUUCACCAGUUCUGUGAGGAAGUACUUAGAAGGAUCUGAUGUUCUUUUCUGGCUACUGUGGAGGAAGGAUUUUCAAGGGUCAGUUGCUCUUGGGAAGAUUGAACCUUGAGACUCAAAUUUGUGUAUUGGUAAAAGGACUCUCCAGAGCAGGCAGGCCUACAGCAAGUUAUCCAAGAUGGAAGACAUCCAAGGCGAUCAGGAGGAUUUGAUGUUUUCAGGCAUCCUAGAUAACUAUAGUGAAUACGCAAAUGAUAGUUUAGAUUUCCUAGGUGCACUUACAGAAGUUUGCAAUUUACGAGAUAAAACAGUUACAGUAAAAUAUAUUGUACCAGUUAUCUAUACAUUGGUUUGCAUUUUGAGCCUCCUGGGCAACUCCUUGGUGAUUCUGGUGGUGAGCUACAGCAAAGAAAACCGUUCUGUUACUGAUGUUUAUAUCCUGAACCUGGCUAUUGCCGACCUUCUCUUUGCAGUCACCUUGCCCAUCUGGGCUGUGUAUCGAGCUCAUGAAUGGAUCUUUGGCACUUUCAUGUGCAAAAUCACCUCGGUUCUGAAAGAAGUCAACUUCUACAGUGGUGUCCUCUUAUUGGCCUUUAUCAGUUUUGAUCGUUAUUUGGCAAUCGUCUAUGCUACUAGGGCAGCCACUCAGAAGAGGCACUGGGUCAAAUUUGUCUGCAUCGGCAUCUGGCUAUUCGCCUUCUUCUUCUCACUCCCUGUGAUCCGUUUCCGGGAAGUUUUUAAAGUCUCAAAUUCCUCUAACAGGGUUUGUUAUGAGAACAUUGGUGACAAUCAAACAACUAAAUGGAGGAUAGUAUUGAGAAUUUUACCACAGGUGUUUGGAUUCCUCCUCCCCUUGACAAUCAUGAUGAUUUGCUACGGAAUAACAGUGCACAGACUCUACCAAAUGAAGAACAAGCAAAAGAAGAAGGCAAUGAAAGUAAUCUUGGCUGUAGUGCUGGUCUUUGUGAUCUGUUGGCUACCCUACAACAUCGCCCUGCUUUUUGAUACUUUGCUGAGGAUUGGAGUCAUUACCGAGACCUGCUUAGUUCAAGAAAGUAUUGACAAUGCUCUGUUAGUUACUGAGAUUUUGGGAGUUGCUCACAGCUGUAUCAACCCCAUCAUAUACGCCUUUAUAGGACAGAAGUUCCGCAACAACUUCCUCAAGAUCUUGGUCUCACAAGGUAUCAUCAGCAAAGAGAUCCUGAUUCGAUAUAGGAAGGGAUCCAGCUUUUCAACUUCCUCUGGUAACACUUCAACUACCUUGUAAUAAACUUCCCUGCCAGAAGAAAAGGUGACUGAAUAUAUUCUCUGGCUGGGCAACCUGGCGUCUUCCAUGGUGAUACCUCAAAAACUGUAGAGAUCACUCUUUGCUUUGAUUUGAGAAUGCUAUUAACGUCGUUUUAAAAAAGCUCUGUUUAUUUGUCUGAACAUACAUUUCUCUUUCCUAUAAUUGUUAUCACUUUUCUUAUUUUAAUAUAAUAUCUGUUUCAUUAAAAAAAAAAAACUAGUAAGGAAGCCAGACAGAUAGAGUUAACCCAGGGUGUCCUUCAUCGACAGAAUCUGAAUAAAAUAUAUCACAUUCUGAACAUCUGAAAUAGUAUUGUCUAAGAACAGGAUAUUGCCUUUUCGAACUAAGUCUGCCAGUUUGUUUCUAUGGAAUGUUUUGUAAAUGGGACACAAAAUCUGUUUUUCCCACAGCUCAUCUGUCCAAAAUGAAAAUCUAGCAUGCAUUUUGGUAGAUGAAACCACCAUUUUCAUUCGAGCUUUACUAAACAAAAACAUUAGAGAAGUUGAAGUAGCAAAAAUGUUGAUUUUUCCCCUUUUACCUCUAUCUGUCAUUUUUAUA